AUGCUUAAACAUUCAUAUCAAAAAACGUUAAAUUUACCCAGGACUAAAUUUCCUAACAGAUCAAAUAUAACAAAUACCAUAAAUAAGUUAAUUCCACAGAGCAGUUCUAAAUUAUACCAAGAACAAUACCAAGAAAUAUUGUCCCUUUCAUCAAAUCAAAACAAAAAUAAUAUUAGAGACAAAAUUUUUAUUUUACACGAUGGUCCACCUUACGCUAAUGGAGACUUACAUUUUGGCCAUGCGCUAAAUAAGGUAUUAAAAGAUAUAAUUAAUAGAUUUCAAUUAACUUGCAAACAAAAAUAUAUAUGGUAUAAGCCAGGAUGGGACUGCCAUGGCUUACCAAUUGAAUUGAAAGCUCUAUCAAAAUUGAAUAGGGAUGAUUUGUCGCCUUUAAAAAUAAGAAAAUUAGCUAAAGAACACGCCUUGAAACAAGUUAAAAUUCAAUCGAAACAAUUCGAAAAAUUAGGUAUUUUAACCAAUUGGGAAGACAGGUAUUUGACGCUGAACCCUGUUUACGAAUUGAAUCAACUAGAAAUCUUUAAAAAAAUGGUUUUUAAUGGAUUAAUUAAGAGACAAAAAAAACCGGUUUACUGGGGCACUGUAACAGAAACUGCCCUAGCCGAAGGUGAAUUGGAGUAUAAUGACAACCAUAUAUCAAUUGCAGCAUAUGUCAAGUUUCCCAUAAGUGAUGAUAACAGGGUGUUCCCUGCUAAUUCUAAACUGUUGAUCUGGACAAGUACACCAUGGACUUUAUUUUCUAACAGGGCUAUUUGUUUUAACGAAAACUUUGAAUAUUGUCUACUUAGCAAAAAAAAAGACAAAAAAGAAUACUUGAUUGUCGAAAAAGAUUUGUUUGAUAGGGGUUCCAUCCCGGAGGUGAAUGCAGCAGAAUACGAAACUGUUGAAGUCUUUAAAGGCAGUGAUAAACUAGGCCGUGUAACCUACACUAACCCACUUUAUGAUGCCGACAAUUGUCAUAUUACUUUCCCGGUUUUACAUGGUGCUCAUGUUACUAAAACUGCGGGUACUGGUUUAGUCCAUACUGCACCAGGUCAUGGACAAGACGAUUAUUUACUUGGGUUGAAAAAUAAUUUGGAAAUUUAUUCUCCAGUGGAUCACAAAGGCAAUUAUAUCUUGGAUGAGAAUUGGCCAUCAAAACAUAUCUUUAAAAACUCUAAAGUCAAUUCUACUUUUAAUGUUUUAGACCCUACUACUACUGACACAAUUUUGAAAUAUUUAUCUGAAAAUAAUCACUUAUUGAAAGCACAUAAAUAUAUGCAUUCAUACCCAUACGAUUGGAGGUCAAAAAAACCAGUCAUAAUUAGAUCAACUCCGCAAUGGUUUGCCGAUUUAUCUGAUAUAAAGCCGUUAGCGUUGCAGAGUCUAUCCACUGUCAAUUUCUAUCCAGCCAGAGGCAAAACUAGACUAUCUUCAUUUAUUAAAUCGAGAAACGAAUGGUGUAUUUCAAGACAAAGGAGCUGGGGUGUGCCAAUUCCAUUUUUUUAUAAUAAGUCUGAUCCUGAUGAAAUUUUGAUGAACUUGGAGACCGUCGAUCAUGUGAUUGAAGUUAUUAGAGCAAAGGGCAUUGAUUCGUGGUUUGUUGAACAAGAUGAUAUCAGUGAAUGGUUGCCCGAUAAAUAUAAACAUCUGGGCGCUACAUAUGCCAAAGCCAAAGACACAAUUGACGUUUGGUUUGACAGUGGUAGUAGCUGGACUGAAUUGCAACAAAAAAACAUUAUUAAGAACGACGGAAUGGAUGUUAUUGCUGACGUUUAUUUAGAGGGUUCCGACCAACAUAGGGGCUGGUUUCAAAGUAGUUUACUAACCAAGAUUGGAUCAACUUUAAAACCUAUUGCCCCUUAUAAACAAAUUAUAACACAUGGUUUUACUCUGGAUGAAAAUGGAAUUAAAAUGUCAAAGUCGAUAGGAAAUAUUAUUGCCCCAAUUGAAAUUAUUAAGGGGUCUGAAGGCAAAAAAUUACCACCUUUAGGUGUUGACGGGCUGAGAUUAUUGGUAGCUUCGUCUAACUUUAGCACUGAUAUCUCCGUAGGCCCAACAAUUAUGAAACAUAUCGCAGAGGGCCUAAAAAAAAUAAGAUUAUCCUUUAAAUUCAUGUUGGGCAAUUUGAACAAUUUUGACGCAGCACAUGAUCUGCUUCCAAUUGAAGAGUUGAGAGGCUUGGAUAAAUAUGUUUUAAAAGGUACUGAUGAGCUAAUGAGAGAGUGCAAAGAAUAUUAUGAAGGCUAUAAUUUUAGUAAAAUCUUAACAAGCAUCCAAUUUCAUUUGAAUAACGAAUUGAGCGCCUUUUAUUUUAACAUUAUCAAAGAUUCUUUAUAUUCUGAUAAAUCUAAUUGUUUGAAAAGACUGCAAAUUCAGAGUACAUUAUAUUACAUUUUUGAUGUAUAUCGUGCUAUAUUAGGACCUAUUAUCCCAAUAAUGAUUCAAGAAGCUUAUAACUAUUCACCCUUCAACACCACCAUUGUUGAUAAAGCGAUUUGUGAUGGUAAGUCCCCAUUCACUAGACCAUGGCCUGUUUUCCCGGAAAUCAAUGUUGAUUACAAAUUAGAAAUGGAAAUUUUAAAUGAAUUCAAUAAGUUAUACGCUAGGUUUAUUAAAUUAGAAGAAAAUAAUACGACGGUUACGAAAACCGUACAAACCAAAGUUAAUAUUUAUAUUAGUUCUAUCAGUAAUACUAGAUUUGACUUGGAUGAAUUGAAGGAUUUAUUACAGGUUGCAGAUAUAAGUGUUAUUUGUAGUUUGCCUAGCGUAAUUAAUGAGAAUAGUAUGAGCGAGCUAUCGAGUGGAGAAAAGAACCACAUUGUGUUAGAAAUUGUAAAAAGUUUUGAUAAAGAAUGCCCGAGAUGUUGGAAACAUAAUGUUGAAGAAGGACAUGAAUUAUGUGAACGUUGUGAAGAUGUUAUUGAUGCUAAAAAACCAUAA